AUGGGAGUGUCGCUCUACAUCACCUGCCAUCUCAAAGUCGCGCCAGCUAACCAGAUCCCCGAUAAGCUCAACAAAGCCUGUUCGUUCAACAAGACUUCCCAAAGUUGGUUGCCAGUAGAGGGUGAUGCUGACAUCUGUGAUUGCUGCAGCCAUGGCAACUGUAGUAAUUCAAGCUCUUCACAGUUCCAGAUCCAUGGACCCCGCCAGUGGUCCAAGCUAGUUUCUCGAAACCGCAGGCACGUGACCGAUGAAGCUGAUGUCACUGUAGGGCCCCUGAUAUUCCUUGGAAAGGCCAACGACCAGACGGUGGAAGGCUGGACNGCUUCUGCUCAAACCUCUGUGGCUCUUGGGUUAGGCCUGGCCACAGUGGCAUUCCUGACCCUGGCGGCUAUAGUCCUUGCUGUCACCAGGAAGUGUCACUCCUCUUCCUACCUUGUAUCCCUUCCACAAUAA